UACGAGUGAAAGAGAAGAGAGAAGAGAGGGACAAACCGGAUACGUGUGUGAAAAGGGAUUUCCAAAAUGAAUAGUGCCUCUCUUUUAUCAUUUUUAGAGUGAGAGAGAUUAGCUGAACCGUGCCUCUUCAACGAAAUUCGGAAUUCCUCGCUAGACCCUCGAUCUCGAAACCGACGUCUCCCACGAUUUCUCUCUUCUUCUCUCUCUAUCCAACGUUAUGCAGAAAAUUCCGUGCACUUUUUGGGGGCUAAGGGUUUGAGAUCUUGACGAAAAACCCACGAAAAGUUAGCUGUUAUUUACAAAUUGUAGGUAUAUACAUUUAUACAUGGAGGAAUCAGUUCGAGAAGUCCUUUUCGAGACUCGUAGUCACGCUUCCAGACCUUUCUCCUCCAAUUAUCCCCCUCAACAGCAGCUGAACAAAGGUGGCAGGGGGAGUUUACUUUCAUAUCUUUCAAUUCGAGGCAUUACUCAACUAAAAGAGAAAUGGAGUGAAUAUAGGCAGCCGAGAAGAUUAAGACGAUUAGUAUCCUUGUACGUCACUGCAAGAGGUGACCAUGUUGCUGUAGCUUCUGGAGAUCAAAUAAUAAUUUUGCGAAAGGAUGAUGACUACCAGGAGCCAGUUGGAAUGUUCAACAGUGGGAAUGCUGGCACUUUCACAUGUGGAACUUGGUCAGAAGCUCAUGAGGUCCUUGGAGUUGCUGAUGAUACUGAUACACUCUAUUUCAUUAAAGCUAAUGGGGAAGAAAUAACCAGAGUCACAAAGAGGCAUUUAAAUGCCUCUUUACCAAUUGUAGGCUUGGUUGUGCUAGACGACACUUAUAUGAAGAAAUCUUGCUUGUGCACAUUCAGUGUUCUAAUAUCAGAUGGUUCAAUGCAUGAUAUAGAGAUCAGCAAGGAUCCAAGUGCCUCCAUUUUGUCUGCUCACAGUUUGAGUUCAAAGCAGUUCCCUCAGAAUGUUUUCUGCUUGGAUUAUCAUCCAAACCUUUCUUUGUUUGCUCUAAUCAGUAGUGCUGGAGAUAUCCAAUCGACAUCUAAUGGGAGCACUGGAUCUUGUUCUGUUUCUCUUUGGCGAAUAAACAGGAACUUGGAUAUGGAGCCAGUUACCUUUACUCAAUUUGAAGGUUUAUAUUCCUUACCAACUGCUUAUCUUGGUCAAUUGACAUCUUCAAAGGUGUUACUCUCUCCACAAGGAAAUUUUGUUGCUACUCUGGAUAUGCGAGGACACUUCUUUGUGUUUAAAUAUGAUGAAGAGAAGCGUUCUCUUUCAAAAUUAUCUUUUGGCAAGAGCUAUAACACAGAGGUUGUAAUUGAGAUGUCAAGUAGUGGCGCAGAAUUCAUAAACAAUAUAGUUGAUUUUACUUGGUGGUCUAAUAACGUCCUUACUGUUGCAAAAAGAAAUGGCAUCAUCACUAUGAUUGGAAUUCUUACUCGUGUCAAAUUGCCAGAGAAUGAUCUUGUAUAUUCAAUACCCCUUUUAGAAAGAGCACGACAGUUUCCUGGGCAUAUUUUCCUUUUAGAGAAUACUUCAUCUGAGGAGAGCAACGAAAUAUCCGAGCGCAAGGGCACUAGUGCUGUUGAACAGGUCACGGUAGAUAAAUCUAACCAGUUCGAUUUUUCCCAACUGCGAUGGAGCUUAGUUUCAUUUUCUGAAAUAUCUGUUCCUGCAAUGUAUGAUAAAUUAAUUACUGACCGAAGUUAUCAGGCAGCUCUUGACUUUGCUGAUCGACAUAAUUUAGACAAAGAUGAAGUGUUGAAAUCUAAAUGGUUAUCUUCUGCCCAAGGAGUAAAUGAGAUAAAGACAUUACUGCCCACCAUCAAGGACCAAGCUUUCUUACUUUCCGAGUGUUUGGAAAGAGUAGGACCAACGGAAGAUGCAAUGAGGGCUUUACUUACUUUUGGACUCCACCUAACAGAUUCUUACAGGUUUUCGGAGUCAGAAGAUGAGGAAUAUGGCCAGAUAUGGGAUUUUCGGAUGUCAAGGCUGAAGUUGCUGCAGUUCAGAGACAGGCUGGAGACAUUUCUUGGGAUAAACAUGGGCAGGAAUUGUGUAACGGCUACAGCCUUGUAACUAGCCAUAUUUUAUCUAUUUAAGGAGAACAACUCUCAAAGGGAGAGGUACUCAAAACUGAAAAAAAUUGUGUUUUGACAUGGUAUCAGAGCCCUCGAUCUGAGAGGACUCUUUGGGUUAGAAAAUUUUCUUGGACUCUUCUACAAUAAGGCUCAAUUCUUAGUUUUGGACUCACCUGACGAAUUACUUCAUCGUGGUAUCCGCUAAUUUCUGUGGAGUCUCUGUGUCGACGAGCUUUUCUCUAUCGCUGAUUCGGCUGUCGGGAUUCACUACUAUCAGACGUGAAUCCCUCUGUGUCGCCGAGUCCGGUAUCGCCCAUCAAUGUUGUCGGCAUCUUCAUAAAAUCGACAGAUUUCAGCGACUUCAGUGUUAGCAAUCUCUUUUCGCGAACGACGGAGGAUCAAUUGAGCUUGAGGAAUGAAGGUAAUAAGCCUGCAAAUUGGUUUCUGUGUUAUUAAUUUGUAAUUGGGCCAGUGUUGAAGUACUAGGCUGAGUAAUAGAAUUGGGCCUAUUUAAAAUUGGUUCUUGUGUUGGGCUAUAUUUAAAAUUGGGCCUUUUCUUAUUGGGCUGAUUUAUUUUAUUUGAUUGAGCUCAUUGUUCGAAUUGGACCUUAAAAUCAUUGUUUGAAUUGGGCUUGUGAGCUAUUAGGCCUUUUAUUUUAUAAUGUCUACUGGGACUUCAGAUUUCUUUGGUGUGAAAUUUACGGGUAAGAAUUAUUCUGUCUGGGAAUUUCAAUUUCGACUUUUUGUUACGUGGAAGGAAUUAUGAGGUCAUAUAGAUGGGAUUGAUUCAGCUCUCAAAAUGGAAGAUUAAAGGUGCUCGAGUUAUGGCUUAAAUUUUAGGGUCUAUUGAUCCUCUGAUUAUUUUGAAUUUGAGGCCGUAUAAGAAUGUUAAAAGUAUGUGGGAAUAUUUGAAGAAGUUUAUCAUUAGGAUAAUAUAGCCCGACGAUUUCAAUUGGAGUCUAACAUUGCUAGCUAUACUCAAGGCGGUCUUUCUAUUUAGGAAUAUUUUUCUGGAUUUCAGAACUUAUGGGCGGAGUAUGUUGACAUAAUUUAUGCAAAGAUAUUAGAUGGUUCACUUGCUACAAUUUAAGAGGUUCGCGGAAAAGCAAAAGAGAUCGAUUUUUGAUGAAGUUGCGACCUGAAUUCGAGGUAGCUCGAUCUAAUUUGAUGAAUCGCAAUCCAUUCCCCUCUUUGGAUGUAUGCUUCGAGGAGUUACUUUGGGAAGAGCAACGUUUUGCUACACAGCUACUUCUUAGGAAGACAAACUGCCAACUAAUGUACUUGCCUAUGCCACUCUAAGGAAAGGCAAGGGUAGAGGCAUGAAGAGUUCAAUGCUUUAACUGUAAGGAAUGUUGACAUAUUGUAGCCCACUGUGCGAAGAAGUAUUUCAACUACUGCAAAAAGCCAAGGCAUACUGUCAAAGAAUGUCCUACUUAUCCUCAAAAUCUUCAGGCUAAUGCCUACAGUUGGUCCUUUCUCUUCCACUGGCAGUGAUUCAUAUGCUGUCACUCCAGUGAUAGUUGAACUUAUGAUUAUUUGAGCUUUUUUAGCCUUGGGUAUACAAGGUAAUGGCUCCCUACCAUUAUGAUCAUGGUUUGUUGAUUCUGGUGCAAUAAAAUAAGAUAGAAUAUAAUGGAAAAGCAAUUGUAGUUGUAGCCACUCACGUGUGGCACCAAUCACCUAACUAAUGAGCAAAUCUUGAUAAAGACAACUUUUUUAAACUUUAAUAACUUUGGUCUAACUUAUCCAAAUUAACUUUUUUUCGAGCCAAAGACUAGUUCCCCUGAUACUCUUAGCAAUAUACGGACAUAUAAAGGAUCCUUGUGCAAUCAGAUUGCUAAUGGAAAUCAAUUACAUAUUCAUGCUAUUGGAGAUGUUAAUCUCUCUGUUAGCGAUUUUUUGCAUCCCCUGCACUUUCUAUUAGUUUUAUAUCUGUAGGCUAGUUGGUUAAUAAUAACUGUGAUGUUCGAUUUUCUCGUGAUGGUUGUCUUGUACAGGAUUAGGUGUCGGGGAAGAUACUCACGAAGGGGCCUAAAAUUGAUCGAUUAUUUCCUCUACACUUUUCCAUUCCUCCUGUUAUAUAUAUGGCUUGUACUAAUGUUAACAAUAAGGGUAGAAUAUGGUACAAAUGGUUGGGUUAUCCUAAUCCAAUUCAAUCUCAUUUAAUUAACUUUGAUUUAUUGGGCAAUAAAGAUAAAUUUUCACCUCAUAAUUCUCUUGAAUGUUCCACAUGUAAUUUAGGUAAGAGAGUCUCUUUCCUUUACUCCUCAUGGUAGUCAGGCUGAACGAAGUUUUGAUUUGGUUCAUAGUGAUGUGUGGGGUAUGUCUCUAGUUAUAUCUCAUGCGCACUAUAAAUACUUUGUUACAUUCAUUGAUGAUUAUAGCAAGUAUACGUGGAUAUAUUUUCUUCGUUCCAAAUCUGAAGUAUUUUUUGUCUUUCAAUAAUUUAUUGCAUAUGUUGAGACUCAAUUCUCUUUGAGCAUUAAGGUAUUAAGAUCUAAUUCAAGAAGUGAAUAUAUAUCUCAUAAGUUUCAUGAUUUCCUUCAAAAAAAAGGUUUUGUCUCCUAGCGUUCUUGUCCUUAUACACUUCAACAAAAUGGUGUUAUUGAACGUAAGAAUGGUCAUCUAUUAGAUGUUACUCGUACAUUAUUACUUGAAUCUUUUGUUCUACCUAAAUUCUAGGUCGAAGCUUUAUCUACGACGGUCUAUUUAAUUAAUCGAUUACCCUCUAGUGUUCUGAAUUUUGAAACUCCCUAUUAUCGCAUGUAUCAUCAACAUCCCAACUAUCUUGACAUGCAUACAUUUGGUUGUGUUUGUUUAGUUCAUUUACCUCCUCAUGAAUGCAAUGAACUUUCUAUUCAAUUUGUUAGAUGCGCGUUUAUGGGUUAUAGUAUUUCUCACAAAGGUUAUGUUUGCUAUGAUCCUGGCUCGAAUAGAUUUCGUAUAUCUCGUCAUGUUGUGUUCUUUAAAAAUCAGCACUUCUUUCCAACUCAUGUUAGGUCUUUGAUCGAGAUAAAUGUUCUUCCACACUUUGAUGACAUACCUUCUACUCUUGAACAGUUCAAGCCUAGAUUUGUGUAUGAACGAUUACGCCUAACUUUGGCCCCUACUAAGCCUGAUCCGCUAUCUAAGCCCACUCAGACAAUAUCUUCCGAAAAUGAGUUGAAUUUUGGCACUAUUCCUCGCCGUUCUACCAGAAUUUCUCGUCCCCCAGAUUGGUAUGGAUAUUCUCAUGCAUCUCUUCGUGCUACUUUGUCAUCCAUCCCUAUUCCUACAUGAUAUUCCGAAGCUGUCAAGCAUGAAUGUUGGCGGGAGGCAAUGACAGAAGAACUUCGUGCUCUUAAGGAAAAUCAUUCAUGGUUUACUUGACCAAGUGUGUCUAAAACUACUCAGAUUGCGGAAAAAUUUGUAAAAUGUGUGAAAUCAGGUGUUUCACUUCCAUUGAGCCAUCCUUCAUCCUCUUUUCGAAGAUGAGCAUGCUUUGAGAUGUUUCACACUAGUCAAUUAUCAUAACAAUAGAAGCUUCUUAGGCCCAUGUGACGAUUUCAAAAAUUAUUUUAAUCAUAAAUUUGAUUUUUGAAAUUUUUUGUGGUGAAUACAACAUUUGUUCUUUUAAAUUAGAUAUAGCUGCUUUAGAUGUACCAUUAAUUGCAAUAUGUACAUUUUUUGCCAUGUAGUGUGUAUCUCUUUUGAAGGUAUA